UUCCGUUGAAAACUUAAUAACAUAUUUUUCAGUUGAGAGCAUAUAGAGAAAUGGAAGAGUACAUUCAAAAGACAAUUGUUGUAGGAGUGUUUUCAUGGACAACAACUUUUCUUGUAUUAAGGAAUAUCUUUCCAAAACGUUCAUUUGAUUUUUGCAACAGAAUUGUUUCUAUAAUCCAUGCAACCUUAGCAGUAACAUUGGCUACAUUAUCUAUUCAAGAUUGGAAAUGUCCAAUUUGUCCUGUUGCCUCCAAAUCUUCCAACCAACAGAUGGAAGUUAUAGCAGUGAGUGUUUCAUAUCUAAUAUAUGAUAUGGUGUGUUGUUUAUUUGAUGAAAGAAUCAAUUGGGAUAACACUAUCCAUCAUUUGGUAAGCAUUGUUGGUCUCAUGGCAGGUCUCUCCUAUCAAAAGUGUGGCUCAGAGAUGGUGGGGGCAGUAUGGAUAACAGAAAUGUCAAGCCCAUUUUUGCAUUUGAGGGAGCUUCUAAAGGAACUUGGUUACAAGGACACUCCCCUAAAUUUGUCUGCUGAUAUUUUAUUUGCUUCAAUAUUUACAUUUGCUAGGAUGAUGAUUGGACCAUGUAUCACAUACCUAACAUUAACUUCAAAUAAUCCAUUUCUCAUAAAGGCUAUGGCAUUGAGUUUGCAGCUAGUAAGUGCAUUCUGGUUCUUCAAAAUUGUAAGAAUGAUGAAAUACAAAUUAACCAAGAAAUCGUCAACAUCCAAAAAUGCCAUCAACCGCAACAUCAAGAAGACAAUCAGCUAGAUAACAGUUUCAACAUAGCUAGGGAUCAAUCACCGACAUUCUUUUAAGAGAAAUGAUAUUUUGACAUCAAAUUCCUUUGACGUCAAAUACAAUAUCAUUUAACUUUUAUGUGUAUCCUUAAAAUGCAUGUAACAUGUAGAAGAUGAAAAAUCCGAUAAAUAAAGGUAUCUGAAUUUUGAUGUUCAAAUAACACAACUCUUCUUUCAAUGAAU